AUGGGCUCUGUACUUAGCUGCUUAGAAGCCGACAAGAGGAGGAAAGAGAAAAAAAUGGCACAAUUCGCGGAGACGAAACGUGGACAGCGCGUGAUGAACUCAAAUCGGAUGGUGCGGUACAGAGAGAAGCGGUUGAAAGCCAUGCAACCAGAUGUCGAACUCCGCCUUAGGGAGGAAGAAGAUCACACAAAGGGUCAACAGGUUUGGUUCUCUCGGUAUAUAUACAACGGGCGGUUGAGACACUGGGUCCUUAUGACGCACGGCAACAAGUAUGAGCUGCGCCUCGGUGAGAAUGUUGGCCAAGAGAAUGGGGAAGAACCCCCAGGAGAAUCAAAGUUCACCUACCACAUGACGCCUUUCACGAUCGAAGAAGAGAAAAGAAAAGCAGCACUGGCUGAGAGCAGCUUGCCUGAUGUAGACGGCUUCUAUGUCUGCUUGAUCGGCUGGACUACCAAGACCAAGGACGAAGUCGACCUUGCAUGCAGGUCCGCAUCUCAAAGUUUCGGAGAGUAUCACCUCUUGUGGAAGAACUGUCAACACUUCCUUCGCAUACUAGCGGAUCAAAUCUUAGCCACCAAAGCAGCCGACUACCCCUGGUUCAAAUCCAACACGAAAACCAAGUACCAGAAGACGCAGUCCUUGAUGCCCCCGCCCCUGGAGUUCUUGUUGAAAAUGCAGCUCCAGAUGACGGCCCAGAUGCAGGCGCAGGUUCAGAACCAGAUCCAACUCCAGACUCAAAAUCAGACUCAAAAUCAGAUUCAGAACCAGAUUCAGAUGCAGGUUCAGAACCAAAUUCAGAACCAGAUUCAGAUGCAGAUUCAGAACCAGAUUCAAAUGCAAGUCCAGAACCAGAUUACAAUGCAAACCGCUGGGUGA